CCACGGCGUUCAAUAGGUUAGCUAUCCUCUGUGCAAAGCGCAAAACUCACCAGGAGUAAACUCUUUAGCAAUAACAAUGGAAGCGCAACGAUAUCCAAUCAGAGUCAGGAUGAUUGGCUUGGUGCAAAAAGAAAAGACCAAAAUGUUUAUGACAUCGGUGCUUUGGUCAGACCAGAGUGACAUAGUUGUUUACAGAAGUUGUGACGACUUCAAGAAACUUCACAAGCAAAUGAAGAAAGCAUUUCCUCCUGCAAACCAUCUGAAAAAAUCGGACAGAACGAUUCCAAAAUUUAAAAACAAAGGCAAGGGAUCUCUGAAGGGCAUCAACAAGACAGUUAUGUGCCUCAAAUUUCUGGAAAAGUAUUGCAGCGAACUCCUGAGCUGUGACCCGCGCGUGUUACUGAACUCUGAGCUAAUCCAGUUCUUCCAUCCCAAAGACCAAGACCUCAAUCCUGACUUUGCCAAGAAUAGCAUCGUGAUUAUGCCCUCACAGGACACCAUCGAAGACAACGGAAGGCUAGGCUCCGGUGGACAUGACAAAAAUGGCAACGUGACGCAACCGUUCGUGACCGAGGCAUACAGGUGUCUGUCCCCCUACGAGACAAAGGACACCAAGAAUCGACCUUUCAAAGUAGCGCUUGACGAAAAUGUUGACGUACUCAUCAAAGACAAAGCAGGCUGGUGGCUUGUUGAGAAUGAGGAUAAACGAUUGGCCUGGUUCCCAGCCCCCUACCUGGAGAAGAUUGGGGAUGAAAAUGACGGAUUUGUGACCCAUGGAGAAAAUGCCCUCUACUGUGCUGUGAAAAAUUACAAGGCUAUCAAUAGAGACGAGGUGUCUUUAGAAAUGGGUACAGUGGUGGAGGUCCUGCAGAGGUCUGAUAAUGGCUGGUGGCUCAUAAGACACAACAGUGAGACUGGCUACGUUCCCGUCAUGUACCUACAGCCCUACAACAACCCCCUUGGGCGCCUGGUCACCUUGCAACAAGACUUAAGAGGAUCUAACCUCCCGCAGGCCACCCUGCAGGUCCCCGGGCCCUCCCUGGCCAGACAAUCCCAAGAGCACAGCCGAUCACAGAGCAACCUCCUACAGCCCUCUGGCCUUAAACCAUUUUCCACCAAUCACCUUCAUCCUGCCAUUAAGAACAUGUCCCGUUCUCUGAACGUUUUAUCGGAGCCCCACCCAGAGCCACGCCCAAAGCACCACCCAGAGCCCUGUCCUCAAACAAUUUCCACCAUGGGCCAGCAAGCCCCCACUAUCAUGGUGGUGGAGGACGUGGAGGGAGACAGGCGUGGGAGGAGCCUGACAGCUAGCAGCUAUGACAGCCAGGGCAGCCAGGACAGCAAUGACAGCCUGGGCAGUGACUUCAGCUCCUGCUGCUGUGGUUCCUCUCUCAACCUGAGCAGCGGGAACAUGGACGAGGCACUCCGCCUGAGCAGGACUCUGCCCCCCAUGGUGAUGGACCACCUCAGCCCUGACGGAAAUGGAGGCCUGCAGACCAAAGGAAAGAUAACGGCCAGCAGGUCUGACCCUAACCUGUUUAAGAUGCCCACCACGCCCAGGGUGCCCCCCAGGCCCCGGGAACAUGAAAUCCUGUCUCGCUGUACCACAGUCACCCGCAAGAAUGUCUCAAAGGCCAAGGUGUUGCCAGUUCCCACCGAGAUAGCCAGCCACUGAGGGAGUGGUGCCAGCAACACGGUGGCAGGAUGGUCAUGAGGAAGUGAAUGAAGACUGGUUUGAGAUCAACUUGUGAGACUGUUUGGACGUUUUUUGGUUGAUUAUUGUGCUUGGCUUUGUAUUAUGGGUAGCGUAAGGGUUCCCAUUAUUGUCCAGCUAGCUCUCGACGCUCGUCAGGAAUUUUACAAAAAUAUAGAUAUAAUACAAAUUUGUCACAGCAUAGUACCUUACUAUAUAGAUACACACCUAUAACAUUCUGGUUUUAAAAUCCAAUGCGUGUUUAUAUAUUUAAAUAUCAAAGUAAGAGGCUGUAAUUUGGUUGGUAGGAAUGUUGGAGAGUUU